UAAGCGGUAACUCAAGCAAAGACCACAAAGAACAAGCUACAAAGCCAAAAAGAAAUUGUGGUAAAGCAAAAAUCAAAGUUCAUUUGAACUCUUGAGAGAUGUAUGUGACAAGGCCUCUUUCAUUAUACAGAAAGUCUCCUGAUGCGCUUUCCUCGUCUCCGCCAGAGGGUCCGAGUUCUGGUAUUUUGGUCAUCCAAGAUGAAGAAGCUGAACCCACUUCAUGUUUCGGAUUGUUUAGGAGUAAUGACAUCAAGGACCUUCCUUUUCCCCAGAACAAGAGCCUAGAACAUCGAUACACAACAGGCAUCGGGGUCGCGUGUAACACAGCUCAUCAUUUUCAGAAUGUUAUCUUCAUUCCAGUCCUUAAUCAGCCACUGUCUUCCAACCUCUACUAUGCGAUACAACCACACGGGAAGGAUAAAGGGGAGGCGUUCACAAAUUCAAAGGAGGAUCAUACGGACGUCUGCUGUUUCAGUAGCAACACUUGUGAUUUACCAACACAAUGUUUGGAUCCCAAUAAUGUAAAUCAGCAAUUUGAAAUGUGUCGUCAAGGAGGGACCAUGAAUAAUUGGGGUGGUUUUGUUGCCAAAUCCAUAGCUCUAGAUGGAAUUCCUCCAUAUUUUUUGGGGAAAAAAGGGUGGAAAGUAUGUGCCUCAACUUCCCCUGAUUUCGAUUUAGGUGAAGCACAAGGCCUAGACACUGCCCUCCGUGUGCGCCUACCAGAAUUCAACUUACCAUUAUCCAAUAUUAGCUCACAACCUGUGGUUGUGGGAAAAUGGUACUGUCCCUUCAUGUUUAUUAAGGAAGGAAUAAAGACAUUGAAGGAUAACAUGGGAAAAUCAAUAUAUUAUGAGAUGACACUUGAGCAAAAAUGGGAACAAAUAUUUUCAUGUGAGAAUAAUUAUAGUUAUGGUAAUACUGUGGUUGUGGAUGCUGUUGUUCAAGUAGAAGUGGUUACAGUUUCUGGAAGAGAAGCUCAAAUUGAUGAUAGAAAUGUGGCUGACGGGUUGGUGUGGUUUAGGAGUUCUAGUAAUGUGGGACAACAAAGCAGUGUGGCUUUGAGUCUAGCAAUAGUUGAGAGAAUGAAGUGGGAGCAGGAAAGGGCUGGGUGGGUUGGGGGGAAUGAAAGGCAUGUGACAGUGAAAAGAGUAGAGGAGUUUGGGGGGAUAGGUGGGUGGAAGAAAUUUGGUUGUUAUGUUUUGGUUGAGAGGUUUGUAUUGAAACGACUCCAUGGAAGUUUGGUACUGAACUAUGAUUUUAAGCACACUCAUCAGAUUAGAUGCAAAUGGGAAUAAGAGUUGCUGCUAUUCUUUGGAGAACCCUUGGCAACCCUUUCAUCUUCUACAUAAAUUUGAUUGUAUUGUUGUUCAUUAAUAAGAGUUUCUUUUGGUUGAGAGGAUAAAUGUUAGGAUUAGUGCCCUAAAAUCCUAUUGUAUGCUAUGUAUGACAUUAUAUUAUAUGUAAUAAACUUGUU